GUUGCCUUUUUAAAAAUUCUGUUUUAAAAGGAUCAAUAUUGCAUAAUACGUUUAAUAUAAUCAAGUUACCUUCUACGUGGAAUCAUACAGAACUUUGAAAAUGCGAAUGCGUAAAGCCAUUAAAAAGAGGAUUGAAACUUGUUUAAAAUGAAAGGCGCAGAUACCAUAUUUCCAGCAAAUUAAAUCACAGGCAACUUUCAAUACGAGAUAUGAACAAAGAAUAUCGUUUUAUAGAUAACGAUUCUUAUAUCUCUAUCAUAACAAUAUUGAAACCUCUGAAUUUCCCACGAGAAGAAUUUAUUCAUUUUUUUCUUUUUUUUUUUUCACGUAGGAGACCAAAAAUCUCCAACUCGCAGUUUAACUGAACCUUAUGCAGUAAUUUCUGUGAGAAGAGAUAUACCAAAAAUGUUCAUAAGGAAUUGAAACAUCCCGGGGCACAUUAUUUGAAGAAGCUGUCGCCAUUGUAACUAAAGUAGAAGGAGAGACGAGAAACAGUUCACCAGUUUCGUAUGUGACAAGGAAUCUAGGGAAUGCAAGGACAUGCUGACCGUACCGGAAGCCCCCUUAGGGAACUCCCUUGCAAGAUGCAGGGAGUCCAAGUUUGCCAACGUUACUUGCUACUUCCGGUAAGGAAGAACGCGCCUGGACUAUGGAACUGCGGGCUUGAAGGCAAACCGUCGGGCGGGGCUACAUUGAGAAACGUAUUUGUAAACAUACAUCCUACCCAUGAGGCUCGAGCAGCUCGUGUCGCAGUAAAUCCCGGUACAUUAAUAUUAAUGCGUCUUCGGCAUGUACAACACACUCGUGCCUUCUACUCAGCUGGUUCUCCACAUCACAGAAAGCAUGAGAGUUCAACAGAGUUUACAGCACCAACCGUGUACGGAACCUGAACCUCCUCACAAUAUCUGCGUUCCGUCUGUCUCGCUUUCAUCUCGCAGUCUUGGGUGUUCCUUGCGUCUCUCACUCCGAGAAAAUCAGCUUAGUUUUUUAUUCGCGUUUGUCACGCUGAUUCUUCGCGAGCUCGUUCAAAAGUGUUUUGGAAUUUUUGUGUCUUUGAAGCGAGUAAUAGAAGAAAGGGGGAAAUGAUAUGCACGUGUAAUUAGUUCUUUAGAUUCGUGGUAGUUUUGAAGUCUUUGAUGAAUCUUUUAAUCCCUUUUGUUUGUAACAUAGAUGAAACGUGCUCUAUUUCGCUAUAUUUUAUUUCUGUACUUUGGAUCCACUUCAACCUGUUGAAAUUACACAUUUGAAAAAAAUUUCAAAGGAAUAUUUGCAGCAUUCAUGUUUUAUGAAUAUACUUCAUCUUUCAGCAGUUUUAAAGACUAUCAAAAUCAUGCUUCGGAGAGCCAAGCUUAGCUUUUUAAAAAUUUAACUGGUUAGAAAUAUGUCUGAAAAUAUACGAUCAACGCAGAAAUGUGUAAUAGAAAUACAUACGAAAAGAAACGAUCAACAUUGGUCAUUAAUGACAAAUGUUCCCUUUCUGUCUUUAUGUUGGCACAUUACAAGAGAGUUUGAUGAAGAGGCCGGGGCCUUUGUUGAAUCAAGGAAGAAUGAAAGGUGACGUGCGAUAAUAGAAUCCUGUGGAAUAGUAAAAAUACCGCAUUUGCGUCAGUUAAGAAAGUAGAACAAUUAUACAGGUUGGAUGACCGAGUGAAAAGAAAUUGUAGUAACAGA